AUGGAUCCAAUAAACCAUAACAACCUAAAAAUUGCAGCUAUUAAUGUCAACUCUAUUGGCAAGUUGAAACGCAGAUGUGAUUUACAGAUGUUUAUCGAUCGAUACGAGAUUGAUAUCUGUCUAAUCUCUGAAACAAAAUUAAACGAAAAACAUAGAGUUCAGUUAUCUAACCACCAGCUAGUCAGAACAGACAGACCUAACUCCACCAAAGGCGGAGGGACCGCCAUAGCAAUCCAUAACAAGAUCAAGUUCUUAGUGAUUCACUACCCAAACUUAUCAAACAAUAAAGUUAUUGAAUUCACAGCGAUCAAAAUUAAAAGUAAUAGUAAAACGAACCUAAUAAUAAUAAGUAUCUAUGCCAUUCAAUUUACGGGUUAUAAAUUUAUACAAGAACUAAAGAAGCUAAUGAAAGACUUUAACCUCGACAGCAGCAACAACUAUUACAUAAUAGCCGGCGAUUUCAACUCCAGAAAUACCUCUUGGGGUGACACUAAAUCAAAUGAAAGAGGUGAACAAUUAGCUGAUUGGAUAGAAUUUAACUAUUUAGAAUAUAAAACCACACUGCUUUCUCCAAAGGAACCAACAUUUCCUAAAGCCAAUUCUUAUCUUGACCACUGUCUCAUUGACAUGAGAAUAGACUUUACUAACCUAAUUAACGGAAAACUACAAACCCUCCCAUACGAUAGCGACCAUCUAGCUAUCACACUAACAAUAUCAGUAGAAGAAUGUGCUCCUGGACUCCUUAAUAACUUAAACAGCAUUCCAAGUCAAUUUAAUUUCAAAAAAGCAAAUUGGAAUAAGUUCAGGAAAAAUAUUUUAAAAAACUACUCCGAAGUUAUUUCAAUACCUAGUGAUAGGAAUUUGUCAAUUGAUGAAAUAGAUAAAUAUAUAGGCCAGCUGGAAUCCAAAAUACAGGACUCCAUGAUAUCAACCAUUCCAAGAAAUAAGAAACAAGACGACUACUAUCUCAAAUACAAUAAUAAGAAAAUCAAACGUCUACACGCCUACAAAUCCUAUCUUAUCAAAAGACAAUUUGACAAAAUCCCUGUAAGUCUGCAAGAGAAAAUUAGAAUUAAAUUGACCAUCAAACGAAUCAACAAAUUACUACAUAAAGAAUUCGGCAAAACCGUCACAGCAUAUUGGGAAGCACAAAUCAAGAGUAUCAACUUUAAAAACCCGCAUGAAUUUUUCCCAAAAAUAAAUAGAAUGCUAAGGCCAAGAAAAGACAUCAACAUUAAUACACUAAAGAUACCAAUUGACAACAGAGACCUUAGUACUCUCUGUAAUAGCAAAUUUCCUGAACUAAUCUCUAACAAUGAAAUUAUUGCAUCUGAUCCUGAAACCAAACUUUUUAUAAUUGGUAAAUACCUGGAAAGUAUUAACUCACCCAGAUAUAUGAAUAUCGGAACUUCAACAAAAAUUAAAGUCGACAAAGAAGCCGAAGAAACUAAAAAGAUGAAAAAUAACAAGCAGACUUUUGUGGAAUUUUCAAAAGAAAAUCCAGCCUACUAUCCCAAGAAACUUGAUGAUGAUCCUAAAUUUUUAUUCAGCUACAUAGAAGUAUCAUUACCCUGGCGGAUCUGA